AAAAUGUCAGUUACUUCGAUGAAACGACCGUCUGUACGAUGCAGGUCAUUGGUUGCGCAGUCACUGUGGUCAACCAGUCAGCAGCCGCAGAUGUGCAGACCCGUCUCCUUCAGGACGUCCACCCUCGUGGUCGCAAAACGUCCUCAACGUGGGCUCAGUGGGACCCGCAACGAUCCCAGGUAAUGCGACGGUCUCGUCUUCGCCAAAGGGUUCGACGACAAUCUUUGGGCGUGGUGAGCAGACUGCGAUGCCACGAAUCAGGAAGCGGCAAGGAACUGGGUCAGGACAGGGUCCAACGGCGCAGCCACAGCCAAAUCUGCCUAGUCAGGAAGAUCCGCCGCCGCCGCCCCCCCAAGACCCUCAGAACCAGCCAAAUCCGGCGCCUCCGCCGCAAGUCCCGCCACCGAACUCACCGCCUCCAGAUCCGGCUUCUCAAAACCCACCACCACCUAAUCCGGCGCCUGUGCCACCGGGUCGGGUCCUGCACCGAAUCCUGCACCGAAGAAUCCGUCGUCUAACCCCUCACCGCCAAACCAAGGCUGUCCAGUACCUGCGCCUCCAGACCAAAGCCCCAAAUCCUCCGGCACCCACCAUAGCACCUCAGCCUCAAGACCCUACACCAAAACCACCGUCACCGACCCCAACUCCUCCAUCCUCGGAUAACAUGCCGCCUCCAGAUUUGGGGCUCCAGAAUCCAACCCCCCCCCCUCCCACCACCCUCAGACUAGGGUCCGCCUACUUCAGCGCCUCCGCCACGAGAUUCGGAAGAUGGGAGUUAGAGGAAAACUGGAGCUUCUGGCCAUAAGCCCCGCCGGCCCAUGCCUAGUAAUCCCUUAGCGUCGACUGCCGAUCCGGCGAGUGGUUCAAGAGGAUGAGAGGAGAUAGAUCUUCAAAGGAACGUGAAGACAUAAAACGGCCGG